GGUAACAAGGAGACGCGGCAGGAUUAUAAAUUUGAUGCAUUUAUUGUCCAACAUUUUCAAGAAUUUACAGAAAUGUUCACGAACUGAAACAUAUCAGCAGUAUAUAAGAUGGAAACUAAAGACCUAAAGGAGUUAGCAUCACAGAAGGAGAAAGAAUGGAGAGAUGUCACAGAAUUGAGAAUCCAGACAUUGGAAACUGACAGUGAUAGCAAGACAAAGUUGUUAGAAGAAGAAAGGAACAAGUUUGUAAAGUUGAAAGAAGACUUCAAGUACAACCUUAAGCUACUUGGAGAAAGGGAUAAAGAGCUGGAACAGUAUGAUGUUAUAUUUGCAGAGCUCAAACAGAAGAUAACCAUUUUGAGCACAGAAAACAGUGAAUUGAAAAUCAAAAUAGACGAACUCAAAGUUGCUCAUCAAAGGGAGGCAAAGAGUAGGGAGGAUUUACAAACCCAUUAUCAGCAGAGGCUCAGGGAAAAGCAGAGAGAGAUAGACAACUUUAGGAAAGAUAAAGAAGGUCAAGUGGAAGAAGAAAGAAAAGAAUAUGAAUCCUUUAAGAGAAAACUAGAGAAACGUCUCACUGAGGUGGAGGAAGAGUUGGAGAUACAGAAGAGAGAGCUGACAACAGGCUUUGAUGAGGCCAUCAGGAAGCGAGAGCAUGAGUUCCGUCUCAAGAUUGACGAAAUGAACAGCCAAGUGCUGGCUCAUCAAUUUCAGGCUAAAUUACUUGCCAAAGAACUGGAAAUGUUCAAAGCUGCUCAGAACAAAACCAGCCAAGAGUUUCAACAAGUCGAGACAAACCAUAAAGAGCUGGAAAAAAGCUUACGCAAGAAAGACUGGGAAUUGGCAGAUCUUAAAUCAGUUAAAGAUGCCAGGAUAGCGGAAUUAGAAGCAGGUUUGAGCAGAGCUGAGACAAAAGUGAAGCAGCUACAGGAAGAGUUCCAGAAGAGAUAUACUGAGAUGGAUAGGUACAGUCGUGAGAAAGAGGCUUCCCUCAAGCAGAUCAAGGAGUCUUACGGCCAGAAGGAGGAGAGUUACAAGCAGAGCAUACAUGAGCUGGAGGGCAAAUUGGAGCAGAGGCAGAUCGAGAUACGGCAGCUCCAGUGGGCCAAUCAGGACCUGGGAAAGGAGAAGGAACUACAGAUAGAGAAGUUGUCAGGUGAGUUAUGUGAGCUGAGGGAGAAGUGGGACAGACAGGUGAGUGAGCUGUCCCGUGACCAGGUGUCUAAAGAUGUUUUCUGUCAGGACAUGAGGCUACAGGUGGAGAAACUCACUCAGCAACUGACAGAGAGAACACAGGAUAUUGCCAGGUACAAGAGAGACUUAAGCUCAGCGCUGGACAGAGAGGCUGCACUGGAGAGGAGUAAAGCCCAGCUUGAAUUAGACUGGCAGAGACGAUUUGAGGAUGUAGAGGGGUCAGCAUACAGCAAAUCUGAGGAGCUGGUCGCCAAACUUACAGCUGCUCGUGAUCAGGCUGUGGCAACAUUAAAAGAGAAAGAGAGAGAAUGUGCAGAUCAAGGGGAGAUAAUUCAGCAGUUAAAGAAACAGAAAGCACAGGCCAUGGCCACACUUCAGCAGCACGGUAUCCAGCCAAGUGGUAGUUUUAAUGCCUGGCCUUUAGAUGAAGCUGUGGAGGUGGAGGAGUUGAGAAUUCAAAACCAGAACCUGAUCCGAGCUGUGACAGAGAUGAGGCAGGCCAUGGAGGAGCUGGGUCAUGGGGUCACAGUCUCAGAAGCUAACAACAAGUCCGUUACCGUUACACGGGAUUACACUAGUUCCUUAGAAAACCAGGUUCUUGUUCUGAAAAAGGAAAAACGUAGCCUGGAACAGGAAAUAGAAGAGCUUAAAAAGCCUGAUUAUGAGAAAAGCAAAGUGCAGCCAACUGAAGUCAUUUCGGAAGAGGUCAAUGAUAAUGUUGUUGUAAGGAGUCACAUACAGUCCUUGAAUGAUAUGAUAGGUGCAUUACGGGCAGAGAAAGUGGAGCUCACAGCUCAGCUGAAGAAACAACAAGCUCGUAUCCAGUUCUUAGAGAGAUCAACUGAAGACUUUUCCAAACAGCAACGGCAAAAGCAGCUGGAGCUGGAUCAGUCACAGUACGAGCUGAAUGCUGAGGGGCGUCGUCACAAAGCAGAGUCUGCAGCCUUACGACAACGAAUUACUGAGCUGGAACUGGAGGUGGCGGAGACAAGAAAGGAAGCUGAUGAGUAUUACAGGGGAGGUCUGGAGAGAAACAUGGAGGUCACUGCACUUAGGGCUGAGUUGUCCAAUUUGAAGCUGGAGUUAGCACAGAAGAGGCCAGCCAUCAACUUUGGUGCUCAGGAACUGGUUAUCCAGCAGCUGGAAGAUGAAAUCCACAGGUUAAGAAAGCAGAGUCAUGUGACUAGUUCAGAGCCAAUAAGAUCUGGGCAGGGCCAGACAACGAAUGCUACUCUAGAACAGCUUCAGACAAAACUGAAGUCAGCAGCCAAACACAUCGCUCAGUUGGCUCGUGACAAACAGCACCUGAUAGAGAUAGGGAACCGACAGCGUGCAGAGCUGCUGAAAGCAGGCAUAGCCCCACCAUCUGCAGAUGCAUCCAGUGGACACAUAAUGUAUGCACAAGGUAACAGGCAGGGGCUAUUUCCCAUGUCAGACCAACAUUCAUUCCCCAAGUCUAACCCUGUGGACACUCCAUCUCACCCUCUGGAACCCCCGUCUCAUCAGCUGACUGGUGCUAUACAGGACAAACUGGAUGCUCUGGAGAAAUUACAAUAUCAACUCACUACACAAGAGCUGCAGUACGCCCAAAAGUUCAGUCCAAAAAGGGCUGCACGACGACAGAAAGCAGUUCAGUCCAGUAGUGAAGAGGAAUACAGACCAGUGUCAAUUCUGAAGAGGUCAGGCGAAAGCUUCAUUUCGGAUGGUGGCUUUGGGGACACAUUGUCAUCAGUGGGUGAAGCUCAUGCUGGGCGAGACCUGAGGGUGAGCCUGUCCUCGGCAGGGGCAGAGUCUCUACAGGAGGUGUGGCAGGUCCUGAACCAACCCAGCCCCAGCCCUGUGCCACCCACACAGCCAGAAGCCUCCCCAGGGAGAGAUACCCCUCAGAGCUCAGUGGAAUGGACGGUGAAGGGAAGAAAAGCAGGGGUCACACACAUAUCACAAGCAAAACCCACAGUCAAACAGAAGCAAAACUACGUUGUUAAAAAACCUCAACAGAAGGCUAAAAUAAGAAACUACAAUGUAAAAACUGAUAUUAGAUGAGGACAGUAAGAAUUUAGUUCGUGUCACACUGGUGGCUGGACCUCCAUCUUCUGUUUGUUUAAUACUGUUACCCAUAUUGUUUGUCUACAUUCAUAUUUGUGCAUUUGUAAAAUCACUGCAUUAAUGGAAGAAACAGAGUAGUGCUUCUGAAACAAAUAUAUUACUGCCACAUCAAAACCUACAGGCAGUUUUCAUUUUUUUCUCCCUCAGUAUUUGAGUCUGCAUGUACUUAUGUGUAUUUAUUUUACUGGUACACUAACACCACGUCUAUAUAUGCUCAUUGUUUUACGGCCUGCAACAUACAGCUUAUGGUUGAUAUCCUGCUAGUUAUCAAGAAACUGUUUUAUGUGAACCAAGGCAACAUUUCUGUUGAUGAUUAAAUAAGAAACUAAACUAAUUACUGCCAACUGAUCCAGUAAUGGUUUUACAUGUAAUUUUUUAUUUUUUGACAAUGUUUAACUUUAACAUCAGUUAUACAUGUAACACGUGUAUAUGUAAGUUUCCUUCCUAACAACUUGACUGAGACACAAACCUGUUUUUUGUACAUAUUAAGGAUAUAACAAAUCUAAAUAAAUUAUACCAUAUAUAAACUCUUGAGGUCUUUGAAUUUGUAUUUUAUACUAAUUGAUCCAUAUUUAGUCAUAUUUCACUACCCAGUAACAAAGGAAGACUGGAGUUCAUGGGUUAUUUGAUGGCUUGACCCAGAACAGCAGAGCCCAGUCAUUCUAAAAUGUAUUGGCAGUUAAGCUCACGAUUAAGCUACGUCCCUCAACCAGCCCCAGUAAUCUUGUGCACGUGUAUGUAGUCCCAGUAGUAACAAUGAACUGAGGCGGAAUGCUUUGUAGAACACGGCUCAGACUGGUUGACACGACUUUGAGGGACCUCAGUCACCAAAGUGCUUGCUCCGUUCAAACAUGAGAAGGCCUGCUAACAACUUGUGGAUGGUCGUGGGUUUCCUCCUGGCUCUGUUCACUUUGUUUCCAUCAUCAUAUAGGCUACUGUUGUACAAGGUGAAAUAUUCUUGAGUACGACAUUACACACCGAUCAAUUCAAUACAUUUGCAUUCAAUGCUUUAGGUAUAUCAGCUCACAGACACACAAAACACACUAAAUAAAUAGAAGU